AUGUCUAUUUGCAAAUAUUUCUUGGAAGGACGAUGUAGCUUUGGAAGUAGAUGCAAGAAUGAACAUCCUCAACAAAAUGGUCAAUUUCAAGCAUACAAUGAUCGGAGUGGUGGCUCUUCUUCGCUACUUAGUCGACUGGGAUACUCCACUGGAAGCCCAGGAAAUUCAAGAAGAAAUCAAACAAACACAAUUGACGAGAAAGCGGUUAGGGAUGAUCUUAACAAAGAACGACCUCAAUACCCUUAUUCUGUUUUCGCACCUGGAAAAGAAGAACCGAAUUUAAUUGAAGGCACGGAUUUCUCACCGGAAGAGCUACGAUUGGAAUUCUACAAACUACGAAAUAUUAUUGGUGGCGAGAUGCAAUAUCAAGCUGGAGUUCGUGAUUUACAAAGUAAAUUUGAUAAUCAAUUCAAUGAGAUAAACAAAGAUCUACGAGGAGCUUUACGAAAUUUUGAAAAUAAGAAACGGCAACAGGAACAAGCAUCAUCUGUAUUUGGUCAAACUAAUAAUCAAUUUAUGGGAAUGUCGACUGGUUCUUUUGGAGCUGCACCGGCAACUACGGUUGGUGGUUUCCCUGGUGGUGGAGGAAUCUUACCGAAUAAUACUACCGAACAGCAAUUCAAACGAAUUGAUCCACAGAACAUUCCACAAUUAUCCCUGGUAGAUCCACAUCCUAGCUCAAUUGAAUUUGAGAUGGUACCCGAUUUACCACCACAACAAACCUCACCUUAUCCUCAAUUACAAUGA